AUGGGUCCAUUAUUUCCAGCCAGAAAGAAAAGUGAAAAAUCAGAUUGGAUUGGAAAGAAUUUGAAGAGGCCAACAAUUGCAAAAAGUACUCAAACUUCUAAGAAAGCUCUGAACGCAAUAUUUUUCGACUCAAAUGGCUUGGUUCGGGGAAAAUCAGCUACAAUUCAUCAUAUAGCCUUUAUUCUACAAAGCAAAGGCUAUGAGAUUGUUCCAAUCAUAGACAUUAAGAAGAUUGAAGAUUAUUGUGAUCCUAGCAAUGCACAGGUGUUUGUCGUUGAUGACGUGGAAUUGUUAGAAGUGGGUGCUGACGUCAAUCUACAAGGAACACGUGAAACACCAUUGGAAGCAGCAUGCAAACAUGGACACGUAAAAGUAGUAAAACAGUUGUUAGAAACAGGGGCUGAUGUCAAUAUUCAAGGCUGGAAAAAUACUCCAUUGACAGCAGCUUCAGCUUGUGAGGAUGGACAUGACUCUGUAGUCAAAGUAUUGUUAGAGGUAGGUGCAGAUGUCAAUCUAAGAGGCAAAUUCGCAACACCACUAAUAAAAGCAUGUAGGAAUAAACAUAUGUGUAUAGUUAACGAGUUACUAAGAGUGAAGGCUGCUGUAAAUCAGCAAUGUUUAUUAGAUACACCACUCAUAGCAGCAUGUGGAACAGGGCGUGUUGAUAUAGUGAAGAAACUUGUUAAGGCGGGAGCUUAUGUCAAUCUAAAAGGUUUAUAUUCUACUCCUAUGACAGAAGCAUAUAAUCAUGGACAUAUGGAUGUAGUUAAGGAGUUAAAACUUUCUGGAGCAAACCUAAAUUUAGAGGGUAAUCAUGAGACACCACUGAUAGCAGCAUGCACUGGCGGGAAUAUAAAUGCAGUUAAACAACAGUUAGAGGAGGGAGCUGAUGCAGGAGCUGAUGUCAAUUAUGUAGGAAUAGAAACACCACUGACAGAAGCGUGUCUGCUUGGAUCUAUAGAUGUAGUAAAGAUUCUGCUUGAGGCGGGCUGA